AUGGGCGAUGACAGUGAGUUGCACGGGCAUGAAAGCAAAAAAUCAAAAUCAUUUCAUCAGCUCCAUUCCAUUCAGGAAAACAUUACUCCCGGAGAGCGUGACAUCCCUUCAACGGGAAAAGAUCCGAAAAGGCAAAAAAAGCGUAAAUCGAUCGGACAGCAGUCGAAAAGUAGAGUAAGAGCACGGAACUCGCCUGUAGCUCAGAGGCAACCUGUUAAAAGGGGUCGGCCGAGGGUCACUCAGCUGGACUCUAGUGACCAAGAUAUAGAAGGGAGCAUUCAGGAUCAGCUUCGGAGAGAAAACGCAGAUCUGGAAGAUCACGCACUUGCAAGACUGCAGCAGAGUAUACUACCUAGCGUAGAGCCAACAGAAGGAACUGGCUUCACACCUCGGCAGAAAAAGCGAAAGAAGCGGGUGUCAAUAGGCCAGCAAAGCCACAGGAAGCCUAAGCCUCUAAUAACAGUGAAGGAAGAAUCACUCGAAGCAGAGCCGAUUUUUACAGAUCGAGUUGAAACAGACCGGUCAAGGAUGGUUGGAGCAGGGGAAUAUCAAGACGACCAUGGCAAUGAAUCCCAAGAAGAUAGAUCUGUGAGUCAAACAGGGCAUCAAAAGUCAAGGAGAAAGAAGCGGAAAUCUAUUGGCCAACAAAAACGGAAAAAGACUUCUGAUGGAGUAAGAGCGCCUAAUACACCCACCACAGGCCUAUCUAAAGCCAAGAAUGUUAGAAAAGAGCAUUUCGAGGCAUCCAAUUCCUUGAGACCAUCGAUUGAGAGAGAUAACCCUGAGGAUGAUAAUAGCGACUCUGAAGAAGCUAACGCCGAUGUAAUCUCAAUACCUCAACCUAAAGCGAAAAGGAAAGCACCGUCUGCAUCUCAGGAUGUACCCAAGAAGAAGCCAUCAAUUAAGACGCAGCAUAUCUCCAAAUCAAAUUCCUCCUCCAAAGCGCUCAAACCCUCGAAACCCUCUACCACCGCCCGUUCAACCUCCAACAAAGUCCCCAUAACAGUCUACCGGCCCCCAACGCCCUCAUCCCCAGCAUCUCCAGGCUCACUCACCGACGCUCCAGCGUCCAAAUCUUUCAAUCCCGUUGAUGUGCUCGCACAAAUCACACUCGAGCGCCUCACCAACAUUGCGACCAAAUUGACCUCUCAACCCACCCGGUCGCGUGGACAGCGGAGAGUGCUGCAACUCUACACAACGGAAAUUGAGCAGCGGAUGCGGCAGCUGAGCAAGGCUUUGGACACUAAUGCGUCGUUGAAAGUGAGGGUCAAGAAGGUGGCAAAGGAGGAGAGAGAACUAAAGAAGGGGGUUAAAGAGGUGGAGAAGGAGGCUAAGGAGGCUAGAGAACGGAGGGAGGAUUUGGAGAAGACGAGCAAGAGAGUUGAGAUGGAAGGGGUGCUGCGAAGAAUUGCGGAGAUAGCGAGGAAGGGAUGGGAGAUGGAGAGAAAGAAAGAACUUUUGGCAUAA